GGAAACUUUGAGCUGUAAAGCUAAAGGUUAAAAAAAGCUGUCGGCAAGGAAUUAUUGCACUGAUCAGAUUAGUGGCAUUACCAAUUCCACUCAUCUUGCUUCUGCUAAUCUUCACACCUACACCAACUAAGAGAGAUAGAGAUAGAGAUUGAGAGAAAGAAAAGAAUGGCUUGUGUGGCAGUAAAUUCUCUUAUCAGAACAUUAGAGCUUGAGUUCUUGCAACCUGAGCCUCGUCCAAUUCUACAAGAAAUGGAACUCAUCCCUUUUAACAAAGACCUCAUCCAAUCUCUCCAUUCAAAGCUUGGUUUUCUGAUACAACUGUUCGACGAGAGCAGAAUGAAUGGUGUUGAAGCAAUUAAAGACUUGGAAACAAAGCUCAGAGAUGUAGCUUUCAGAGUAGAAGAUGAAAUUGAACUCCAUGUGGUACAUCUCUAUAAAGAAGCUGACGAGGAAAUGGGACAAGGGGACACUGAAGCCAUGAAAACCCAGCAUUGUCAUAGACUUAGUCAUGUAUUGCAACAAGCAAUAGAAGACAUUUAUGCCAUUAAAGAAGAGCUGGAGAAAGUCAUGAUGGAGUACAAGCAUGUCAUAGCUGUGGCUGGAAGGGAGACUAAACUUGUUGAUGAUGUUGUUUCAAAAUCUGAUGAUGAACUUGUCAAGACGGACGGUUCCGGUUCCUCCAAUCGUGCUUCACACACUGAGGACAUAAUGGUCGGGAAAAACAAUGAGUUCGACAUUAUAAUGAAGAUGCUAAUACAACAUUCAUCUAAACAACGAGAAGUUGUCUCAAUUCAAGGUAUGAGAGGAAUUGGCAAGACAACAUUAGCAAGACGAGUUUAUGAAAACCCAUCAACUGUCUCCCACUUUGACAGACGACUAUGUGUUGUUGUAUCACAAUAUCACAAUAAGAGGCAAAUGCUCUUAGGUCUUCUUAGUUCUAAAGACAAUGUAAACAACAACAGUGAUGAGGACCUAGCAUUACAGCUCUGGUACCAAAAUUUAGAUCUUCUUGGUUCUAAAGACAAUCUAAAAAACAGCAGUGAUGCGGACCUAGCAUUACAGCUCUACCAAAGUUUGAAGCGUCAAAGGUAUUUGGUAGUGAUGGAUGAUGUAUGGAGCAUAGAGUCAUGGAAUGCAGUUAACUCUUGCUUUCCAGAUGAUAUAAAUGGGAGUCGAGUAUUGUUGACUACUCGCAUUGCAGAGGUGGCUACUUGUAUGGGCUCUAACAAUUACUUCUCCCAUCAAAUGCACUUAUUAGAUCAAAGUGAAAGUUGGGAAUUAUUUCAUAAAAAGGGAUGCAAAUCUCAUGGUGCUGAAUUUGAGACAAUUGGGAAACCAAUUGUUGAAAAAUGUAAAGGACUGCCUUUGGCAAUUGUAGUGAUAGCAGGUUUAUUUUCAAAACUCAAUACACUAGAUGAGUGGAAGAAUGCUGCUAAUGCUCUAAUAAGUUCUUCAACAUCAACUCUAGAUGAUGAUGAAUGUUGGAGAAUCCUGUCAUUGAGUUAUAGUCACUUGCCCCAUAAUUUGAAAGCUUGUUUUUUAUAUUUAGGAGUUUUUCCAGAAGAUUAUAAGAUCAAAGCUAACAACCUUGCAAGGUUAUGGGCUGCGGAAGGACUUGUAAAGGCAUUCAAGAACGAGAGUUUUGAAGCGGUGGCAAAAAGGUACAUAAAUGAACUUAUGGAUAGAAACUUAAUUCUUGUAAGCGAAAGAAGUAGUUGUGGGAAAAAAAUUAAGGAGUUUAGAGUACAUGAUUUAUUGCAUGCCUUUUGUGUGAGAGAAGGUCAGAACCAAAGCCUUCUGUAUGUUGCGAAUGAAAGUGGUUCCAAUUUCCCUCAAAAAGGUGUCCGUUGGAUAAGUGUGUCAUUUCAAAAUUUUGACAUCUCUGCAUUACAUUCUCUGUCAAAACACUGCCGGUCCAUCUUUUAUUUUCUGGAGUGGCCCAAACUUUCAAUAAAUUUGGAAUUUUUCAGCCUAUUGAGGGUACUCUAUGUUAUCAAAUUCCAUUCGCCAAGUGGGACUGUUCAUAUCCAUCUGAGAUACCUACGGAUAUUCGGGAGAUUUCUUCUGUAUAAUUCAUUAUCCUCCAACGCUUGGAAUCUUCAAACAUACAUUGCGUAUGGCCCCUAUGGAUUGAAACAUUUGAAGUUUCCACAACUACAGUAUAUUCACUGUACUAAACUUUGUGGAUCUUUUCCCAAAUCUGUUCAUCAAAACUUGCAGGUCAUUUCUAGUUUGCAGGCUAGUCAUUGCGACCAAGAGUCCUUAACAAAAGUUCCAUACCUAAAGAAGGAAGCUGAGGUUUGAAUUUAUGAAUUUUGAGUGGAA